CGUGGACGCGCUUCAAAUUCAGCGCACUUUGCUGACACGUGUUGACAGACGUCGUGCGCGUCGUCACUAUUUCCCGUCGGACCGUGUUCGUUGGAACACCCGCAGCCAUAGACUUAAAUAGUUUGCUUUACAGCGGCUCAUCGACGUGCCUUCCUAGCGGCCAUGUUAGGAAGGUCGACAUUUCCCUUAAAAAAGGGGUGGGAACUGAAAUUAAGUCGUAAUUAGGUCAUUUUUCAACAAUUUUUCCAAGUUUUCACAUUUUUUUUUCCCAGCACCAAAGCGUAUCGUAUCAAUAAACACCAUCAAAUAUCGUCACUUUGAACUGCAGAAGUCUUGAAACUCUGAUUGCGCUGAACUAUCGCGCUAAUGAGCAUUCUAACUGCUCCAAAUGCUAGAAAACGCAGCAUCCUCUGCAAAACGUGUAUUUUGACACCGGAUGACAUAAAACCCGAGUGAGGAGAAGUAUGGUCAGAGCUUGGAAAGUAAGACGAACUCCCUGAGUGAUUCUACGUCAACGGAACUCAAGGGUCAAUUUCAAAGGAGUUCUACGGCCAUCUCGGGGUUCUCGCCACCGCCACGGGUCCCGGUUCCGAAUCUGCGUUCAUAUAGGCGAUGUCAUGUUGAGGAAGCACCGAAGGCGCGUGUCGACAUCAGCGCGACAACAUGAUGAACGCUGCCGGCCCCGCUUCGAGGAGGAAAAGCUACAUGGGCCAGCACAAGAUCAAGAAGAAAAAGUGUGAGAAGUUGCCAAUUCGGGCAACCCGCGAUCUGUCGUCACGCAAAGACGCCGGCGCAACGGUUGCCGCGCCCGGAGGGGGGGGCCCCGAGGAAGACGCCGAGCGGGCGCAGAAGGAGACGCCCGGCGCCCGCGAGAAUGCCUUUCGCCCAAAUGCCGGGAAGCCACGUCGGGGCGCCGGCCGCGAAGGCCUUGCUCAGCGGCUCCUCUUCAGCGAGGAUUCGGAGGAAAGUCAGCAGCAGCCUGCUGGCGGGCGUCAGAACAGCAACGACGCAGCUUCAGCUUCAGAAGAAGAAGAAGAAGCAAAAGCGGCCGCUUUCAGGAAGACGUUUCCCCGUGACAAGGAGAAAAACGGAGGGGGGAACGCGAAGGCGAAGGCGGGUGCUGGUCGUGCAGUUUCCGGGGACUACAUUUUGUUCAGUCCCAAGCGCGCGGAUGCCGAACGCCGGUCGUCCUCCGCGCUGACGCUUCCCAGCGGCUUCGAUCUCUGUGGCAGUUUACCUCAGCCGGGCCCGGCUUUGUGCGCCCCUGACGACGCGCGAUCCGACAAGCUGUCCUUAUCCAGUUGGGGUUUACCCGCCGCAGUCCUGGCGCGUUACCGCAAAGUCGGAGUCAGCCGCAUGUUUGACUGGCAGGCCGAGUGCCUCGGCCUCGGUCGGGUCCUGCGGGGGGCGAACCUGGUCUACUCUGCUCCGACUAGCGCCGGAAAGACUCUGGUGUCGGAGCUGCUGAUGCUGAAGCGCGUGUUGGAGACGAAAAGAAAAGCUCUCCUGAUUUUGCCGUUUGUUUCCGUGGCCAAAGAGAAGAUGCGCUACCUUCAGAGCGUUUUUGAAGAGGCCGGAGUGCGCGUGGACGGCUUCAUGGGAAGCACGUCGGCCGCCGGCGGUUUUAGCGCUGUGGAUGUGGCCGUUUGCACCAUCGAGAAAGCCAACUCCCUGGUUAACAGACUGAUAGAGGAAGGCGACCUGGCGUCACUCGGUAUGGUCGUGGUGGACGAGUUGCACAUGGUGGGAGAUUCCGGAAGAGGUUAUCUGCUUGAACUUCUCUUGACCAAAAUCCGCUACGUCGCACAGAAGCGCAACACCACUGGGUCUGUUUCUGAGGGUGUGCAGAUCGUGGGCAUGAGUGCCACUUUGCCAAACUUGUCCCUCCUGGCCCGCUGGCUCGGCGCAGAGCUGUACCAGACCGACUACAGACCGGUGCCCUUGCAGGAGCACCUGAAGGUGGGCGGCAACUUCUACGACAAGAGCCUCUCUGUGGUUCGACGCUUUACCCCAGCGCUUCCGAUAAAGGGCGACGACGAGCACGUCGUCAGUUUGUGUUAUGAGACGGUGCGGGAAGGCCAUUCCGUCCUGCUGUUCUGCCCCUCCAAGAACUGGUGCGAGAAGCUGGCCGACGGUAUCGCCAGAGAGUUCUACAACCUCAGGCGUCCCGAACGUGAGGGCAAAUCAGAACCCCAAGCGGUGCGCUUGGAUCAGGAGGGACUAGUGGACGUCCUGGCCCAGUUGAGUCGGACUCCAGCGGGUUUGGAUCCCAUCCUGGGGCGCACCGUGCCUUGGGGGGUGGCCUUCCACCAUGCCGGUCUGACAUUUGAGGAACGCGACGUCCUGGAGGCGGCCUUCCGUCAGGGCACCGUCAGGGUCUUGUCCGCCACCUCCACCCUCUCGUCGGGGGUCAACCUCCCCGCCCGCAGGGUCAUCAUCCGAACCCCGAUCUUCAACGGACGCCUGCUGGACCCGCUCACGUACAAGCAGAUGGCUGGACGGGCGGGCCGGAAAGGAGUGGACACCACGGGUGAGAGUGUGCUACUGUGCAAGGAGGCGGAGCGUCAAAAGGGUAUGAGCCUCCUCGCAGGUGAGCUCCAGCCAAUCGGAAGCUGCUUGGCGAGAAGGGAAGGCGAAGGCGUCACCACCAGCAUGCUGCGAGCCAUUCUGGAGAUCAUCGUGGGCGGGGUGGCCAGCACUCCACAGGACGUGCGGUUGUACGCUUCCUGUUCGCUUCUGGCCGCCGGCGACGAAUGGAACGGCAAAGAGGAGCCGAGGGAAGAGGGCGCAAUCGAGGCCUGCGUCAAAUGGCUGAUGGACAACGAAUUUAUCAGCGUCCAAAAAGACGGACAUGAGGAGCAGUACUGUCCCACUCAACUUGGUGCGGCCACUCUGUCGUCCUCCCUGUCCCCCCCCGAGGCCCUGGGAAUAUUUGCGGAUCUGCAGCGGGCUAUGAAGGGCUUUGUCCUGGAAAGCGACCUGCACAUUCUCUAUCUGAUCACGCCGCUCUGCGCCGAGUGGACCGCCGUCGACUGGUAUCAGUUCUUCUGCCUGUGGGAGCAGCUGUCGUCAUCCAUGAAGAGAGUGGCGGAGUUGGUGGGGGUCCAGGAGGGUUUCCUGGCUCGCUCAGUCGGGGGGAAACUCGUCGCCAAGACGGAGAAGCAGCGCCGACAAAUGGCGAUUCACAAAAGGUUCUUCACCACGCUGGUACUGCAGGAUCUGGUGAUGGAGGUUCCCUUGGGAGCGGUGGCGUCCAAAUACAAAUGCAACCGUGGCCAGUUGCAGUCUCUCCAACAGUCGGCGGCCACGUAUGCAGGUAUGGUGACAGUGUUCUGCAGGCGUCUGGGCUGGGCCAACAUGGAGCUGCUGCUGUCGCAGUACCAGACCCGGCUGAGCUUCGGCGUCCAACGUGAGCUGGUGGACCUGGUCAGGGUUUCCCUUCUGACCGCGACCAGGGCCCGGGCUUUCUACGCGCAAGGCCUGCGCACCGUCGCAGAACUGGCCGGGGCUUCCGUCGCCGACGUGGAGAAAGCGCUGAGGAACGCCGCCCCGUUUAAGAGCUGCAAGCGUGCGGUGGACGAGAGCGAAGCGGAAGCCGUGGAACGGCGGAAACUCCGCUGCGUGUGGGUGAGCGGCGGGCGACCUCUGACCGAGCAGGAAGCCGCCGUCGCCAUCGUGUCGGAGGCAAAGCUCCUUCUUCGGGGAGACCUGGCGCAGCUGGGCGUUCGGUGGGACCCGGCAGAGGGAGAUGCCGUCCAGAAGAACAAGGCGCAUGGUGAUACGAUUUCACAGGUGGAUACAGGAGAACCCGCAGGAGGUGAUGGGAGAUGCAAAGCCAAGACGAUCAAUGACGAGACAAAAUGGAAGGAGUUGAGGACAAGCCAAAAGGCGGGAGGCCGUGAAGUUCCCCUGCAUGGCGGGAAAGAAGGAAACAAUCAACGGAGGAACCAGUCCAAAGCUGGCAAAGGACAAAGUGAAGAUAAGCUGGGAAAGGGAGAGCCCAGAAGCCAGGAGGUAAACGUUGUCGUGCAGGAAGGAGUCACAAGGCAAGUUUCAUUCACAAAGGAAGCACACCGGUCUAAUGGUCCGGUAAAAAGCGUGACACAAGAAUUGGACGAAAUUGUGUCCAGCCCGGCGCUUCAACUCCAACGACCUUCGGAACCAGAUCUCCUCAUGACUUUGCUUCCUCGGCUGAGAGCCCCAAGUUCCAGGCUAGAAGAGCACCCGAGUCUUUGCGCCAAGACGUCAGACCUUGAUGAUGCUUCCAAGUUUGGCAUUGCGCCUCUUCAGACUGGAACACUCAAGCAUUCAAAGAUCCUAAACAAAGUCCUUCAGUCCAUACAAAGUGACAAACGGCCACAGGACUCCUCCUUGCUGACUUCCCACACCUCCAACGCCGCCGAGGUCGCUCACGGCCUCGCUCAAGAAACUCGAACCGCACCUCCUCUGGCAGAACAAGUCAAAAUGCGCCACUCUUCUGGUUCCGCCUCAAGCGUGCGAUUCUCGCCUGAGGUCAAGCGGAGAAGGCUGGAGGCUCCGGAGGUGGACGGAUUUUCAUCUCCAGACCUCUACACUGGAGAGGACCGAAAUGAAGACGUGCAGCCCGAGGCCAAGCGGGGAGAGGAGACGUUUGGUGACAGUUUUGAAUUGGACACGCAGACUGAACGGAUAAUUGCCCAGCCAAGAUUUGAACCUGGCGGCGGAACUGAUUUGACGGAUGGAGCUCAUGUACAAGAUGAAGUAAUCGUACAACCUAGUGCGGGGAAGGGUCACCAAGACGGAGGAAGUGCGGGAAUUGACGUUCCGGACAACAAAUCCCCCGUGUUCAGUAUUUCUCUGACAGACAGCCAGAUGGAGCUCAUCCUUAACAGCGGUCAUCAGAAUUCUGCUGCGGACGGUGACCGUAAAGCGGCCGAAGCUGCUGUUGUGGAAGAUCCGGACAGAAGCAGCAGCUUCUUGUUCGACAGCCUGUAUGAGAACUCUGAGAACUCUCUGAGCGCAGACCGAACAGACCUGAGCGGAUCAGCCUACGAAGAGCGAGAGGCAAGAGGCGCCCGCCCCAUCCUGUCUCCCCAGGAGAAACGGCGCAGUGAGCUCCUCGUCAACCAGGAGGCGGAGAAUCGAGAAGCGAUCCAGUGGGGAGAGUCUUCGUUCAACCUGUCGGAGUGGGGCUAUUCUUUGCUGGGAGGCGAGCAUUUCCUGGAGAGGUGGGAGGCCGGUCACCCGCAAGGUCACGUUCUUCCGGAGGGGCAGACAACCUCAGCACGAGCCGAGCCGCAAUCUCCGCUUCCCAGAGAGACCCGAGGAAUGCCGAGUGAGGAACGGAACAAGAAGGAACAGGAAGGCGAACUCAUCUACGUAGCAACGGAUGCUGCACCUCAGAGCGGCUUCUAUUGCAGUCCUGGUCUGCAGGAGAUCUUCGAUUGCUGGCCUAGCAUGUCUGAUCAACCGGUGGAAAAGGCUACAUUGGGCCACGUGGAGAAUAAUAAGCAAAUUCCUCCUUCAAACCCUCCACAGACGCCAAAACAGUCUCCUCCAUUCAUAGAUGAGAAACCUGUUGAUACUGACCCCGAAACAGAGUCUGUUCAGCCACAACCACCAGGAGAGCCAGGAGGCAGCGGAACGCAGAAGCCGGACUCUGCCGCAGACUUGGUACCCCCCACUCAGGACACGACACCUACGACACACAGAAUCAAACUUAGCAUGACAUCCGUCCACUCGCCGCUCAGUCAGUCGACCCCCUCGGGCGUCUUGCCUGCGAGACCUCCAAAAUGCCCCACGACUAAUCUUCCAAGCGGUUUUUGUAAAACUAAAAAUGUGACGGGUGAAUCAAGGCACCACGCCAACGUGACGUCCGCUUGCCGACGGCAGCCUCCUGCAGACCGGGACCGGAGCGCUUCUCCCGGCCGCACCCCGCCGCAGCCUCCCAACGACAGCGUGUCCCUCGACUCGUACGAGGGCUUCUCUCUUCAGCUCUCCCAGGAUGCUACGCUCUCCUCCAGCAACUCCAGCGAGUUCUCCAUCAUCGACGUUUCAAGCGACAAGCGCCUCUUCCAGACGUUCGUCAAGGAGUGGAAAACCAAAGAGCGCUACUCUCUGGCUUUGGCCUGUGAAACAGUGGGACACCCGCGGGAGCCUGAGGAGGAAAUAGGAGGGGAACGGAAGCGAGCGCAGCAGAAGGUCCGAGAGGCAGACGGUUUUCCCGUAAGAGGAGGCGACGGACUGCUGCUGAUCGGUCUGGCUGUCUGCUGGGGAGCAAGAGAUGCUUUCUACGUUUCCUUGCAGCGGAAGCAGGACAAAGGUUUGAGUUUAAGUCUUGCCCCCCCGGACCCGGACGAGGGUUUGCCAGUGGGCGAGAGGCUGGAGCACGUGAAGGCCUGUCUCAGCGGGCCGUCGGCUGGCACAGUUGUCACCCAUGACCUCAUCCAGGUGUACAAGAAACUGCUCUUAAGCUGCGGCAUCAGCUUGGAGGGAAACUGCGAAGACCCCAAGGUGGCGUGCUGGCUGCUGGACCCUGGCGCCGACGAGAGGACUCUGGCCAACAUGAUCAGCGUCUACUGUCCGGAAGAUCUGCCACUGCUGGACGGCCUCGGGAGCGCACACGCCCACUGUCCUCGCGUGAGGGCGGCGACGGAAAGCGUGCUCGUACACGCCGUCAUGGACCCUCUCACGACUCUACUAGACAAGGACGGCAUGCUCGACUCCUUCAGAAGCGUGGAGAUGCCCUCGCAAGUGUGUUUGGCUCUGCUGGAACUCAACGGCGUGGGCUUCAGUCUAGAUGAGAGCGAGCGACAGAAGCACGUGAUGCAAGCCAAGCUGGCAGCGCUGGAAUCUCAAGCGUACGAGCUGGCGGGGCACAGCUUCUCCCUGACCUGCAUCGACGACAUAGCGCAGGUUUUGUUCUUGGAGCUCCAUCUGCCUCCAAACGGUGACGUGGGAGCACCAAAAAGCAAGAAGACCCUCGGGUACACCCGCAGAGGGGGAAGCAGAGUUCGGCUCGGGAAGCAGUUCAGCACAACUAAGGACGUUCUGGAGAAGCUCCGUCCUCUGCAUCCGCUGCCGGCCGUGAUAUUGGAGUGGAGGAGGGUCACCAACGCUUUGACCAAAGUGGUGUUCCCGCUGCAGAGGGAAAAGAAAUACCACGCGACGUUGGCCAUGGAUAGAAUCUAUCCUGUAGCUCAGACGCACACAGCCACAGGUACGCGCGUCGCAUUCGCGCCACCGCCUCGAGAGGCUCGUGGAGUUCUUUUGUUUUUGUCCGUAGGGCGAGUGAGCUUCACCGAGCCCAACAUUCAGAACGUGCCCAAAGACUUUGACAUCCGCAUGGCCGCAGAGGUGGGAGAGAGCCCGCCUUCGCAAGAUGGCCACCACAAGAGCAAACACGGAAAGAAGAGGCGCUCUUUGGCCCCAUCGGUUCCCGGGAGAGAAGCUGCGAAUCUGGGACCGUCUUUCUGCGUCAGCAUGAGACACGCCUUUGUACCCUUCUCAGGCGGGAUGAUCUUGGCGGCCGAUUACUCCCAACUGGAGUUGAGGGUGCUGGCUCACCUGUCCGAAGAUCAACGUCUGCUGAAGGUGCUGAACGGGGGCGCCGACGUGUUCCGCUGCAUCGCCGCCGAGUGGAAAAGCGUCGACCCGGACGGGGUCGACGACGGCCUCCGACAGCAGGCCAAGCAGAUUUGCUACGGCAUCAUUUACGGGAUGGGGGCCAAGUCUUUAGGGGAACAAAUGGGCGUGGAGGAGAACGAUGCGGCCCGCUACAUCGAGACUUUCAAGGCCAGAUACAAAGGGAUCAACUGUUUCCUCCGAGAAACGGUGAAGAAGUGCAUCAAGGACGGUUACGUUCAGACUCUGAUGGGACGUCGCCGAUAUCUCGCUGGAAUCGCCGACUCCAACCCGCACGUCAAGGCGCACGCGGAGCGUCAGGCCGUCAACACAACCGUCCAGGGCUCUGCGGCAGACAUCGUCAAACGCGCCACCGUCAACAUCCACCGGCGACUGCGAAAAAUGUACCCGAAAGCGCCGCUGUCUCACCAGCACGUGCGUGCAGCCGCUCACCGUCGCAGGGACGCACACUUGAGAGGAGCCUACUUUGUCCUGCAGCUCCACGACGAACUCUUCUACGAAACUGCUGAGGAGAACCUCAUACAGGUGGCUCAGAUCGUCAAGAGGGAGAUGGAGUCAGCGGUCCAACUUCACGUCAGGCUAAAAGCCAAAGUCAAAGCGGGAUCCAGCUGGGGCAAUUUACAGGACUUGGAUAUUUAAUCCACCUCUCAUGUGUAUUUUUUUAGCGCAACUUAAAAAGAAUGAAAUGAAUUGCCUCUUUUUUAAUUGGUAAAUGAACUGGAUGAAGAUAUCUAUGCGUACACUGGCUACUUAACAUUUUUUUUAAACUAUUGAAUAGUAUCUUAAAUGUGUAUUUAUGACACUGUGCAAUGUCAGAAAUGUCACACAAACAGACGAGCGGGUUUCAAUGCCUGAAAACGUCACAUUUUAUUGAACCGCUACCAAUAGUAGCAACAUCACUCACUGAGUUUUGUUUUGUAAAUGUGGACAAUGACUGCAGAUCACUGCUUGGAACAAAUAAUUUUUGUCUUUGUUUGAAUAAAACAUGUAAGGAGA